AUGGUUGACGAUUUUGUACCUACUAGGUUCUUGGCAAUGACAGCCCAUUUGGUCGCGAUCAUUAUUUUGUUUUGGAGCAAGGAUUCUUACGUCCAGUCGAAUUUCGUCGGUAACGUCAAUGCUCAGGAGUACGCUAAGAAAUCAACUGAGUUUACGAUUGCCCUGUCAGCCAGCCUGGUUUGCCUCCUGGUUGAAAUUGUUGGAUUUUUUGCCGGAUUUUCCAUGUUCAACGCAUUCAUCAGCAUCACAUGUAAAUACAUCUGUUCGCCUGUUCGUUGGUCAUAA